CCCGUCCAGCGUCAGAGGUUUGAGAGAGCGACGUUUGGAUGGAUGAAACGAAUCGGAGCUUCAACUUUCGGUACAUCCUUUCCUUCCUGUUUUAAAAAAAGAGGGGUGAUAGGAAAGGCUCUCGCUCUCCUCUCUGGCAUGCACGGUGACGUUUAGGGGACCGGACAGGCUGCUCCGCGGAGGAUCGGGCGGUGAUGUCAGCCCCACCGAGGAGCUCCGGGAUGAAGCGCUGCUCAACUGCUGAGCAAUAGAGUGUGAAAGAAUCGCUGAGCUUUAAACACGUUGUCCUUUUCUUUUUUUAAAUCAAAGGUGAGAAGGAGUUCACGUUUCAUGGUUGAGAUUCUUGUGAUAAAAAAGAAAAGCAGAAGAACUUGGGUUUACAAAGCGUCUCGUCUGUUUCUACAUGGACUGUGUUUUUGCUGUGACAGAUCGGGCCUCCUGCCGCUCGGCUGGACAGCAUCAGAGCGCACAAACCUCUGGCAAAAUGUCAAGGAUGCUGGGAGAAGGAGCGCAGCCCGCAGAGACAGCAGCAUGACUGGCAGCUCCGAGGCGCAGGACACAGGUCAGAAGAGGAGCUGAGGGAACCUUUGGGCUGUUUUUGAUAAAAGUCAUGGGACUGGAGCUGCUUGAAAUUUGUCCAUUCUCCUCGGCUUGCUCUUCGACGUGACACCGGACUCUCUCUCUCUCUGUUUGCGCCUGGACGCUGCUGCUGCUGUUGUGCAGAUCGGAUGUGGAUGCUGCAGUCCUGCCGGGUCUGAACACGGAUCGUUAAGGGGGACAACAGAUUGAUUAUCAAGGGGAAACCCCCGCCAGGAUCCCCUUCAUUACGCCAUGGAUGACUCGGGGAUAAUACGGCGCCGGAGGCUGCAGAAGGAUCUGCCCCUGCCUCGCAAGAACAGCAGUUGUCGUACAAGCAACAGGAAGAGCCUGAUCCUGACGACCACGUCUCCCACGCUGCCUCGCCCGCACUCCCCUCUGCCGCUCCCCGGACACCUCGGAAGCAGCCCUCUGGACAGCCCAAGGAACUUCUCUCCGAGCAACCCGGCACACUUCUCCUUCGCCUCCUCCAGAAGAGCUGACGGACGACGCUGGUCUUUAGCGUCUCUGCCCUCGUCUGGAUAUGGCACCAACACGCCAAGCUCCACGUCCUCCAGCUCCUCUCAGGAGCGGCUACACCAGCUUCCCUUCCAGCCCACCAUGGACGAGCUCCACUUCUUAUCCAAACACUUUGGCAGCACCGAGAGCAUCACGGACGACGACGGGGGGCGCUGCUCCCCCCACAUGCGCCCACGCUCCCGCAGCCUCAGCCCGGGACGUUCCUCCUCCUGCUUCGAUAACGAGAUCGUGAUGAUGAACCACGUGUACAAAGAGCGUUUUCCAAAGGCCACGGCUCAGAUGGAGGGGCGGCUCGCCGAGUUCAUUCAGACGUUCUCUCCUGAAAACGUUCUCCCGCUGGCCGACGGCGUCCUCAGCUUCAUUCACCACCAGAUCGCCGAGCUCUCCAGAGACUGCCUGGCCAAAGCUCGAGAGGGUCUCAUCACGUCGGUCUACUUCUUCGAGCUGCAGGAGAACCUGGAGAAGCUCCUGCAGGAUGCCUUCGAGCGUUCAGAGAGCUCCGAGGUGGCCUUCGUCACCGAGUUGGCAAAGAAGCUGCUCAUCAUCAUCUCCCGACCGGCCCGGCUCCUGGAGUGUCUGGAGUUUAACCCCGAGGAGUUCUACCAUCUGCUGGAGGCGGCCGAGGAUCACGCCAAGGAGGGUCACCUGAUGAAGACAGACAUCCCUCGUUACAUCAUCAGUCAGCUGGGGCUGACCAGAGACCCCAUCGAAGAGAUGGUUAACCUCGAGAGCUACGACAGCGAGGGGCCGCUGACACCUGAAACAGACGACUCCACAGAGGGUAAAAUUAGAGCGAUGAAACCACCCGGAGAAGCAGAUUUCCAGAUGAUCAAGCUGAUCAGUAACGGAGCUUACGGUGCUGUGUACCUGGUGCGCCACCUGGAGACUCGUCAGCGGUUUGCGAUGAAGAAGAUCAACAAGCAGAACCUGAUCCUGAGGAAUCAGAUCCAGCAGGCCUUCGUGGAGAGAGACAUCCUCACCUUCGCUGAGAAUCCCUUCGUCGUCUCCAUGUUCUGCUCCUUCGAAACACGCCGCCACCUCUGCAUGGUCAUGGAGUACGUGGAAGGAGGAGACUGUGCCACUCUGCUGAAGAACAUCGGGGCUCUGCCCGUGGAAAUGGCACGCAUGUACUUUGCAGAGACCAUCCUCGCUUUGGAGUACUUACACAACUACGGCAUCGUGCACCGCGACCUCAAACCCGACAACCUCCUGAUUACCUCGAUGGGUCACAUCAAGCUCACAGACUUUGGUCUUUCUAAGAUGGGUCUGAUGAGUCUGACCACCAACCUGUAUGAAGGACACAUCGAGAAGGACACUCGAGAGUUCCUGGAUAAACAGGUGUGUGGGACUCCAGAGUACAUUGCCCCGGAGGUGAUUCUCCGUCAGGGUUAUGGGAAGCCGGUGGACUGGUGGGCGAUGGGGAUCAUCCUGUAUGAGUUCCUGGUGGGCUGUGUGCCGUUCUUUGGAGACACUCCAGAGGAGCUGUUUGGACAGGUCAUCACAGAUGACAUCGUGUGGCCAGAAGGAGAAGAAUCUCUCCCCCUUGAUGCUCAGAAUCUGAUCUCCUCGCUCCUGCAGACCAAUCCACUGGUUCGACUGGGCACAGGUGGUGCUUUUGAAGUGAGGCAGCACUCUUUCUUCACAGAGGUGAACUGGAACAGCCUGCUGAGACAGAAAGCAGAGUUCAUUCCUCAUCUCGAGUCAGAGGAAGACACCAGUUAUUUUGACACCCGAUCCGAGCGCUACCAUCACGUGCACUCAUACGACGAGGACGACACCAACGACGAUGAACCUGUGGAGAUCCACUGCUUCUCCUCCUGCUCCCCUCGAUUCAGCAAGGUGUACAGCAGCAUGGAGCAGCUGUCCCAGCUGGAGCAGAAACACCCCGGGGUGACUCUGAGAGAACACAAGGUCCCGAGGGAGGAACGACUGGCCAAGAGAGAAAGCUUAGGCAGCUUCACCCUCCGAGACAAGAGCUGGAGGACUGGAUCGCCCGAGAUGAAGCGUUUGUCCUGCUCUGAAUCCUCCUUCCUCGAGAGCGACUCCAGCCCUCCGUCCGGGGCCCGGAGACGAUUCUCCGCCCUCAUGGACACGCACCGCCUGGCCUCUCCACUGGAAGUGGACUCUGAGCUGCCCGUCCCGAGCCGGCAGCCUCCGGUGAAGGCCAGAGGGACUUCUCUGGAAGGAGCCAUGGGCGCUGUUAGCCAUCAGGGCGAUCAGAGGCAGACGCUCAAAGAGAGCAACGGUCUCACAGCUGGAGAAAAGCUCUUGAGACCUGCGGAUGCUCCGGGGCCCCUUCACAGCAGCGCUUCUAUUCUGGGGCUCCCGGACCCACAGGGGCCCCGCGGGGCGGCGACGGACCUCGUCCUGCGUCGAGUCCGUCACCAUCAGCUCUCAGCCGAGGGAGAGAAACGAAACUCCCGACCAGGAACCAAAGUCAUCAAGUCUGCGUCUGCCACCGCUCUGUCUGUCAUCAUCCCCGCAGUGGAGCAACACGUCGCCUCCCCGCUCGCCAGCCCCAUGUCUCCUCGCUCGCUCUCGUCCAACCCGUCCUCCAGAGACUCCUCCCCCAGCCGGGACUACUCCCCCAUGGUCAACGUGGUGCACUCCCCCAUCACCAUCCACCGCUCGGGGAAGAAGUACGGCUUCACCCUGCGAGCCAUCAGAGUCUACAUCGGAGACAGCGACGUGUACAGCGUCCAUCACAUGGUCUGGCAUGUGGAGGAUGGAGGUCCGGCCCAGGAGGCGGGACUCAGCGCUGGUGACCUCAUCACUCAUGUAAACGGGGAGUCGGUCCACGGUCUGGUUCAUACAGAGGUGGUGGAGCUCAUCCUGAAGAGUGGAAACAAGGUGACCGUCACGACCACGCCAUUUGAGAACACGUCCAUUAAAGUUGGUCCAGCCAGGAAGUCGAGCUAUAAAUCCAAGAUGGCGCGCCGAACCAAGAGGACGGGAGCCAAAGAGGGACCAGAUAAGAAGCGCAGCUCGCUGUUUAGAAAAAUCACAAAGCAGUCGAACCUCCUCCACACCAGCCGGAGCCUCUCCUCUCUGAACCGCUCGCUCUCAUCCGGAGACAGUCUUCCAGGAUCCCCCACCCACAACCUCUCGGCCCGAUCGCCCACCCAGAACUACCGCACACCUCUUGAAUCCCCUCUCCUGGGAACGUCCUCUCAGAGCAGCUCGCCGGCCUCCAGCACCCCCAACUCCCCCGCCGCCUCUCACCACAUGAGGCCGAGCUCGCUGCACGGCCUGUCACCAAAACUUCACCGUCAGUACCGCUCUGCACGCUGCAAAUCCGCCGGUAACAUCCCCCUGUCCCCGCUGGCCCACACGCCCUCCCCGACCACCUCCUCCCCGCCGCCCCUCAGCGGCCACACAGUGGGCAGCUCCAACACCACGCAGACGUUUCCUGCCAAGCUGCACUCCUCCCCUCCCGUCACUCGGCCUCGUCCCAAAAGCGCAGAGCCGCCCCGCUCCCCCCUGCUGCAGCGGGUGCAGUCUGCGGAAAAGCUUGGCGCUCCCGUUCUUCCCUCCUCCUCGUCUUCGUCGUCGUCGCCGUCUCCUCUGGCGGGCGGGGUGUCGCUACGGAAACACAGCCUGGAGGUGUCGCACGGGGACUACAGGAGGGAGUCCUUCCACUGCGAGCACAGCCUGCAGAGUCUGCUGGAGAUGGAGGGAGAGAACGGCCCCGCUCCGCCCUCUCCUUCGUCCUCCUCCUCGCCCUCGCCUCCCAUGGGCGGGGAGAUCGGAGGUCUGAAGCCGGCGAGGAGGAUGGGGAGGCAGGAGUCGCCGCUCAGCCGGGACACGCUGCUCCCGACGAGAGAGAGAGACACCCAGACUACACCGCCGGAACCCAAAACAGAGAGUCCGGCUGCGAAAGCUAAAGAGUCCAAGAUCAUCAACGCUGACAGUAAAACCGCUGCAGAGGUCGUAAAGAGCAACACAUGUGUGUCUGCAGCGGAGGACAAGACGAGUCCAGCAGCGAGCGCAGAGACCAAGACGAACGCUGGAGACAAACCUCCAAGUGCAAGCAGCUUCAGUUCUGAUGCAACAGCCUGCAAGAGUAAACUCAGCGAGAAAAUCUCAACUGUGAGCUCGACAAAGAUCGUCCAACCGCAGGACAGUAAGCAGCAGAGUGUGCAGGCGGACGGCGGGCCUGCAGCGAAACCUCAGGAGGGCGCAGAGGUGAAGGUGAAAGCCGCCGCAGGGACAGAAAAAGGAAACGUGCAGAAAGUGUCGACUGCAGAGACGUCCAAGCAGCGCAAAGCCCCAGAGAGAGGAGAGAGAGGAGAGAGAGGGGGAGGAGAGAGAGGGGGAGGAGAGAGAGGGGGCGGAGAUAAACCAACAGAGGCGACCAAGGUGAAAGGACCGGCCCCUCCUGUCCCGUCCCACGCCCCCGCUGCAGUCAGACCCAAAGCUGAGAAAGUCUUGAGCAGUUACCGCGGGGCCAAAGAGGAGCGAGCCCACCUGGAGGUCCUGGAGGAGAACCCGAUGUCCCCCUCCUCCACCGCGGCGUCCCCCUUCUCCACAAAGUCCCGCCCAAUGUCGCCGGGAGACAAAGCCAGCUUCGUCACCCAGCUCACCAGCGUCGCCAAAACGGUCCUCGGGCCCAUGAAGGGGGGGUCGCAAGAAGGGGCCAAAGGGAAGGACAACUCCAAGUCGAGCGAGGAGAAGCGAGGCGGCGCAGCGGGAAAAGCCGAGGCUCCGUCUGGAGGCGGCCGCCGGGGAGCUCAGGCGGCGGCGGCGAGCGCGAACCAGCCGGAGAAAGGGAACAGCCGCGGCUCCAAGCAUCACUGGUGAUAACAAAGUCAAACUCUCCCAUGUAAUGCCUUCUACUGUAGCAUCGCCGACAUAUCCUACAUCAUCAUCAUGACUCUCACAGAGACGGGGAGGGAGGGAGGGGCUUGAGCGCCCAAAGAGAAAAAGACCAAAUAGAUGACGACAUGUCAACAAGAUGUGAAGGAAGAAGAUGUGUGCUCAUGGUUUCAUAAUGUAGGCUCGUGUAUGUCCUGUGUGUUCAUCAACGUGUUUAGAGAGAAAAUGUCUUCAUGCAUGUCGGACACUGUAAAAAAAACUCAAGAAUAUAAAAAAAAGAAAAAAAAGGAGGAGAGAUAUAAAGCAGACCUGAAGGUAGUGAUCACUGUGAACAACUUUUCAAACAAAUGUUAAAAAAACAUGUAAACGAGCAGGAAUCUGUCGUCAACGGGCAUUAAUCAUAUUUCACAUCUUUACGUUCAGCGGACAUAAAAAAACCCGUUCUGGAAAAGUUUGGACGUUGUGUUAAACAUAGAAUUUAAAAAUGCAGGAUGUGAUGAUUUGCAUGUCGAUGAAACUGAGAAAUGUUGUCGUUUUUGAUUUGUUUCGUUUGCUGAUUUUGAGUUUGAUGUCAGCAGCAGGUUUCUAAAAAAAAGUUGGGACAGGGUCGUGUUAACUCUGUCAGCGUUUAGGGAACCGAGGAGAUCAACGUCGUCUGCUUCAAAUUCAAAUUCAAUGUAUAACUUUCAAAAACAAAAAACAAUGACAUUUCUCAGUUUCAACCGAGCAGCGUCCUCCGGUGUUGAGAAAUGAAGCUGAUGCUGAAGUGUAAAAUCCUGCAGUUCCUGGAGUGUCCACUAGAGGCUGGCUGCAGAAGCACAGGAAGUCACAUACACACCCAUUCUAAAAAGCCUGUUUUUACAGCAGAGAUUAACAUGUUUACAGCCUGGUUCAAAAAACCAAAUAGGUGUGAUUAGCUCAUGUCUCGAUGGACACACACUGUCUUUAGUUUUAAUGUUUUGCAGAUCAUCACAUUCUGUUCUUAUUUACGCUUCACAUAACCAGGGGCGUGUCCAGACUUUUUGGACUGGGGUGUCCCGACUUGUGCAGGGUGGCCUGAAGUGUGUGCACACACAUGAAUGAAGAGCGUUUGACCCUUUCUGUCUGCACGGAUCACAUCGACCUUUAGGAGACACAAUAUAACAUCAACUCCUAAAAAUAUGUAACCUUAAAAUCAAACAUCUGCACACUGAAAACUACGAGCUGCCUGAUGCAACACAGCCUGAAGCCCCGCCUCUGGCAAGGCUAAUAUCCAAUCAUAGUCAAGGAUUUUGGGUUGGCACCUGGGGUGGCCAAUAAGGUUUCAAGAGGGCCCAUGCCAUCCCUCUGGACACGCCCCUGCACACAACGUCCCACCUUUCAAAACAAACACACAUACUGUAUUCUCAUUGGUUAAGAGUUCAGCGCGUCGCGGUGAUAGAAACUGGACAAAGACACCAAAAUGUUUGCCGAUAUUGGAAUAAGAGGGAGAGUUUUUUUUGUUUAAGGGCUGAAUUUGAGAAAGAGGAUUAUGAGGUGAACUUGCACAGGGACACUAUGCAAUGUGCGGAUAACGCCACUUUGUUUGUUUUUGGUGUCCCCGAUUUCUACGUUUACACUGAAGCUCGAGACGACAGAGCGCGAGGGUUUGCAAUAAGCCGAGCGAACACUUUCAGUUUCAAUGUUUGUUUCAUUCAUAUAUUUUUUAAGGCUGUUUGUGUGUAAAGAACAAAAAUGGAAGUCGACACAGUCACGUUUCUUUUUAUUUCAAGAUGAUGUGGU